GUGAUAAAGAUGGCGGAGUGUGAGGAGGAGGUGGAGGUGUUGGUGCAGAGAGUUGUUAAAGACAUCACGAGCGCGUUUAAGAAGAACCCGAGCAUAGAUGAGAUCGGGGUGAUCCCGUGUCCCGAGGCUCGAUAUAACCGCAGUCCCAUCGUGUUGGUGGAGAACAAACUGGGCGUGGAGAGCUGGUGUGUCAAGUUCCUGCUGCCAUACGUCCACAACAAGUUGCUGCUGUAUCGCCAACGCAAACACUGGCUGGACCGGGAGGCUUUAGUGGACAUCACCUGCACCGUGCUGCUGCUCAACCCAGACUUCACCACCGCAUGGAAUGUCAGAAAGGAGCUGCUGCAGUCCGGAGUCCUGAACCCAGAGAAAGACCUGUACUUGGGACAGCUGGCUCUCACCAAGUUCCCCAAGAGCCCAGAGACCUGGAUCCACAGACGCUGGGUGCUGCAGCAUGUCCUGGCUCAGUUGGCAGCUGUCGGCAGCAGCAGGAAGCAUCAGCAGUCAGGUGAAGGAGAGCAGGUGGAUGCAGACAGAAGACAGGAGCUCAGCGAUCACCUGGCUCGAACUCUUCAUCAGGAGAUGAAGGUGUGCUCUGACGCUGCCUGCCGUUACCCCAGCAACUACAACGCCUGGUCUCACCGCAUCUGGGUGCUGCAGCACAUGGCCAGGGGCAACGCCAAGGUGUUCCAUGACGAGCUGUCGUCCAUGCGUCUCUGGGUGUCCAUGCAUGUGUCUGAUCACAGCGGGUUUCACUAUCGUCAGUUCCUACUGAAGGAGCUGAUCCAUGAGCUCUCCCAGUCUGCAGCUUCCUGCACCAGUUCACCUCAGCACAGGACCAGUUCAGCCCCCAGCAGCCCCACACUCCACAGUCAGGCUAACGGGGAGCUGUCAGGGGGGGAGGAGGAGGAGGGGGAAGAGGACCUCACAGGUGAGGGGGAGGGGGAGGAGAGACAGCUCAGCUUCAUCACUGUCCUUCAGCUCUUCCACCAGGAGAUGGAGCUGAUCUCAGACCUGAUCCGGUCCUUCCCUGGACAUGAGACACUCUGGAGCCACAGGCGUCACGUGUUCUUCCUGUGGCAGCAGUGGAGGCGGGAUCAGAAGCUCAGCAACGGUGGUGAGUUGGCCCAGCUGAGUGACGGGGGAGGCGGGGCUUCAGAAGGGGGGAUGUCUGGGGGGGAGAGUGUGAACGGACAGAGUCACAGUGAUGCUAUGGAGGUGGAAAGGGUGUGUCUCCCCGACCCUCGGGACAGUAAACGUCUGAAGAGAGGAGUCCACCUGCCCGCUCCCCCCUCCCUGCCCUCUGAGUACACCUUUGUGAGUUCGGUGUUGGACAGCUGCUGCCCCGCUGACCAGAGACGCUUCGCCAUGUCCUACAAAAAGUGGUUAGACACAGUCAUCGUCCAGGAGCCCUGAGAGACUAAACGCCCCAUUUGUACUGACACCUGAGUUAAGGGACACCACGUUUGUACUUACACCUGAGAGACUGGACACCACGUUUGUACUUACACCUGAGAGACUGGACACAACGUUUGUACCGGCGUCUGAGAGAGACGGGACGCCGCGUUUGUACUGCCACCUGAGAGACAAACGCCAUGUUUGUAUUGAGGCUUGCAGGAACAAAUCAGGGAUUAAGUUAGCAUCAGUUCUGAGUAAAUCCUGGGUCAGUCUGAUGCAGACCCUUACACUAAGAUCUGUCCUGGGUGAUCAGAUCUCAAGUCUUAGUGCUUGGUGUGAACGCAGCCCGAUGUGUCCUGAGAACUGAUUGAGAUCUGCUCACUCAGACCACUUACUGAGGUGGUCUGGAACUCAUUGGUCCACAUUGGUUUGGUAAUGUUAACACUCGUGUCCUGGGGCACAUGAAGGACCUCCCCCUCACGUGUUGUCAUCUGCAGUAGUUGAACUGUGAGAACGAUGCUGGCUCCUGCUGGAUGAAAACCACAACACAUUUGAUCUUUUCAAACAGAAACGAUGUGCAGGUGAUCCUUUAUGCAGCAGGCAGGUGAGAUCUGAACACGGGUGUUACCUGCAGACACAGCAGGUCCGUGCAAAGUGUGAACUCAGAGUCUGGAGCUGUUCACUGGUGAUCUGAGGCCUGUACUUUGAAGGGCGUUCAUCAUAGCCAGGUUAUCUUCACUUCCAUUUAGUGAUCCUUUAGUUACAUGUUGUUACCUGUAGUGAUCUUGAGUGAUGUUUAGUUAUCUGUCUUCACUAACCUCAACCAAUGAGAUUACACUGAAUGAUCACAUGAAGCUGGUUAUCAACCUCAGAAGUAAACCCGGAGCUUCACAGCGUGUUCACAUAAAAAGGCCGGAGUUAGCUUUACAUAAACUGUCAGCAGAUCGUCAUAUUUAACAAACUCAGAGCUUUGAUAUUAAAAAAAAUGAAGAAGUUAAACACAUAAUCCAGACUAAAAUCACACAUCUGCAGAGAAAAAUGCAGGAAGAACUGACAGAAGAAAGAAAAGUCGCUUUGUGAAUGUGCAAAUUAAGUCCUAUGUCUCUUUCUCGUGAUUAGUGCACUUUAGAUCUGACUGUGUAACUCCUGUUUGUCCACUUACAUUCAUUUGUUGCUCAAAUUUUUUUGUGUGACAGAUUUAGACGUUAUAUAAUCAGCUGCAGCCCUGACGGUUACAAACCGAGCGGCAUGGAGCCAAUAGAAAUGAAUAUGAAAAAUUCAAAGCAAUAAGUACGAGUAUAUUACAUCUUGUAAACAUUACUAACAGGAUGCGGUGUUUGUUCAGUCAACACAAAGUGUGAGUCGGUCUCUCUACCUCCUCCCCUCUCUGGAUCAGCUCACAGACCUCUUCAUCUCUUGUCCUGAACAUAACCCCGCUCUAGAGCAGGUCAGGUGUUCAGCAUCAGUUACCAUGGUGAUCUACCUCGGUAAGAAGUGAACCACCUUCAUAGUCUUGAAAACUCAGAGUUAACUCUGAAGUUACCAUGGUAACAGAGCAUCCCUCAGAGUACAGAGCUCAGGUCCGUGAAACCACACUGAUACAGGUACAGAGGAUGAGUUCUGGUCUUACCUGCCUGGUCCGGUCUUCCUGGAAGCAUGUGGACCCCUGAAGUUUCACCUGAGCCAAGACCCCUUCAGCUGUCACAGUGUUCAGGUGUGUUCAGUUCAAACUGACUCUGACUGACUCCUCUCUUUGAUUUCAUUCUGUUUCAGUAGUGAUGUUAAAUGAAGCUACAGGAGGAUCAGAGUGUCUGCAGAGAGCCGAGCUGAACACACACACACAUAUAUUUGAUAUGAAACAAUCGUCUGUGACAUCAUUUCAAUAUUUCUUAAAAUUCAGGUGAUAAGAAGUUUUUGGUCAUCAUAACAGUUUAUUCAUAAAUACAUUUAAAGGUCUUUUCUAUUAAGAAAACAGUGAAUUCAUAGUUAAUAUCUGGUAAAUUAAUAGUUAAAUGUUUAAAU